ACUGAUACUAAGAAGGAAAGUCUCAGUCCUUAUGCCUCGGUAACGGAUCAUAAGCGACCUAUGUGUGUCAACAAACAAUACAAACGUACGGCAAAUUUCCCAAACAGCACAACUAAGAUGGCGCAGUACAAGGGGGCGGCCAGUGAGGCAGGUCGAGCCAUGCAGAUCAUGAAGAGGAGGGAGAGGGAGCUGGAGGAGAUGGAGCAGAAGAAGAGGAAGCUGGAGGAAUCACUUAAGAUCAACAAGAUUGAGAACAAGUUUGCCGUCCAUUAUGAUGCCGUGGAGCAGCAGCUGAAGAGCUCGACCAUUGGUUUAGUAACUCUGAAUGAGAUGAAAGCCAAGCAGGAAGAUGUUGUAAAGGAGAGAGAGAAAGAACUUGCAAGGAAGCAAAAGGAACAAGAAAAGCUGAUGAAGAAGGAAAUAGAAGCAAAGCAGGCAAAGAAGAAGGAGCAGAGAGAUAAGAUUGCCAAGCUCAGUUUUUGUCCCUGAAAAUUGAGGCCCGCAAAAUGGAGGAAAGCAAGAAAGGCUUCCGAAUGGUAAAAAACCCAGAUGUGGACACAAGCUUCUUGCCAGACAGGGAGAGGGAGGAUGCAGAGAAUAGACUACGAGAGGAACUAAGACAGGAAUGGGUUGCACAGCAAGAGGCCAUGAAAAAUGAAGAAAUAGAGAUCACCUUCAGCUACUGGGAUGGAUCAGGCCACAGGCGAUCAGUCCGCAUGAAGAAGGGUAACAGUGUGUAUCAGUUCCUUCAGAGGGGCCUUGAAAUAUUGCGGAAAGAAUUCAACGAGCUUCGCACUGUCUCAGCUGACCACCUUAUGUACAUAAAAGAAGAUCUGAUUAUACCUCAUCACUACACAUUUUAUGAUUUUAUUGUCAAUAAGGCAAGAGGUAAAAGUGGACCAUUGUUCCAUUUCGAUGUACGAGAUGAUGUUCGGUUGGUGAGUGAUGCUUCUGUGGAAAAGGAGGAAUCCCAUGCAGGCAAAGUGGUGAUGCGUAGCUGGUAUGAACGCAACAAACACAUCUUCCCAGCUAGCAGGUGGGAACCCUAUGACCCACAGAAGAACUAUGAGAAAUAUACCAUAAAGGACAAGAAUAAGAAGAAGUGAAGGAAUCCUGCCAAGCAUUUUAUAGUACAAAUUAAACUCAUUUAUAUUCACUACUGCCAGGGAUACAUUACGGGGUAAAGACACGCCAAGAUACGUCCGGCUUACUACUAUCAGCUCCACUAGUGACCAGUUUAGUGUAUGUAUGUAUGUUGUACUGAGCUAAGGAAUUUAGAAGCCAGAAUGUGAUGCAAAUUGUGUUUUCUGUUUCUUACAUAGUUUCAAAGAUGGUGGUGGAAAAGCUAAAGAUGUAAGAAAUUCACAUUGUAUUCCAAAAUCAUGAUAUUCUAUAAGAAGUGAAGAUAUAUCAUCUUUUUUUCAUUAUUUUUUCUGUCACUCAGAAGUAUAUGUUGUUUAAGAAAUGACAAGAUUUGUUUGGACCAAUUGUGUAUUCUUUAUGAAAACAACCAGACAAGAGAAUAAAAAUAUGAUGGUUACUUGAGGUGACAAGAAUUACCAGUGUAUCCUAAACAUUGGGCUUGUGCAUGUAUAAGGACAUCGAAUGAAUGGUGUAAAAGUAAAUGAUAGUGAACUAGGUGGCUGAUGAGUAAUUUUGAAAUUGAUAUAAUCAAUGAGCCGGGUUUAUUGUGCUAUUUGCUCAUAGGUAAAGAAAUUUUACUUCUCCCUCUUCUUAUAUACACGGUUUUAUUUAUACAGUACACUAAAUGAUAUGUAAUGGACAAUGUAACUGGUCCAUAGUUAAGUUCUUUAGUACAAUGAGAAUGUUUAUGCUUAAACAUUGUUACACAGUUUAGUAAGUUUUCAAAUAUUACUUUUGCUUAGCAGUCAGGUUAACAACAUAUAUUAUAGGGAUUUGGUAAGAUCACACACUAUUGGAAGUAUGGUAAGGCUUAGAAAUUUCUUGGCACUGCCACCCCUAUCAUCCUGCCGCCCUAGGCUGUAGCCUAGAAAGCCCAUGUGAGAAAUCCGGCCCUGGUUGUCGUCGUCAUUGUUUUUACUCUGUGUUAUUAUUAUCACUUAUAACUGUCGCAGAACUGUACACAUUUGUACUAAUAUAUUUAUAUCAAUUAUAGUUGAGAUAUAACCUUUA